UCAGACAGAAACAAACAUGGCGGCAUCCAGUGUGUUCAGACCGGGCUUGUUCAACCACAAAGUAGCGAUAGUGACGGGAGGAGGGACCGGGAUCGGGAGAGCCAUCUCUGCGGAGCUGCUGCAGCUCGGUUGUAAUGUGGUGAUCUCCAGUAGGAAAGCUGAGCGGCUGCAGGCAGCAGCGGAGGAGAUGAGGGAGGAGAUCCCCGCCUCCAGCCCCGCCACCAUCACUCCUCUCACAUGUAACAUCCGCAACGAGGACGAGGUAAAGACUCUCGUGUCAUCAGUCCUGCAGCGCUACGGCAGGAUCGACUUCCUGGUCAACAAUGGCGGAGGUCAGUUCAGCAGCCCGGUAGAAAACAUGUCCUCUAAAGGCUGGAAGGCUGUGGUGGACACCAACCUGACUGGGACCUUCCACUGCUGCCAGCAGGUCUACUCUGCCUGGAUGAAACAACACGGUGGAGUGAUCAUCAACAUCAUAGCUGACAUGUGGAAAGGUUUCCCCGGCAUGGCCCACACAGGAGCAGCCAGGGCAGCGGUGGACAACCUGACCAAGAGUCUGGCGGUGGAGUGGGCGUCUGCAGGGGUCCGGGUCAACGCUGUCGCUCCUGGAACAAUCUUCUCCAAAACGGCGAUGGAGAACUACAAGGAGCUGGGACCACACAUCUUCAAGAUGUCUGCUCCCUUUAGUCCUGCUAAGAGGCUCGGAGUCCCAGAGGAGAUCUCCUCCGCGGUGUGUUUCCUGCUCUCUCCUGCUGCCUCCUACGUCUCUGGAGCCACUCUGAGGGUCGACGCAGGACAGAGUCUCUACCACUCCAUGUGGGAGAUCCCCGACCACAGCGCCUGGCCUGAAGCUCCAGAGGGACAGAACCUGGACGCUCUGAAGGAUCUCCUCAACCCGAAGAGCAAACUCUGAUGCUCUUUUGUGGCUCAUACAGAUGCAUCUCAAUAAAUUAGAUCAGGGAUGGGCAACUUAAAUGCUGCAGGGGGCCACAAUGUUUCAUGUUCACUACCACAGGGCCACAUAUAGGAGCGUACACUUCACCAGAUAUGAUGAAACUGCUAUUUUAAAUAUGUUUACAGUGCAGUAACUUAACAUAUUUCAUGCUCAAAUGCAUGUAUAACAGUAUAAAUAGGAAUACAAAAGGUUUAAAGCAAAUAAAAAAUAACCACUUACUGUGAUUUAUUUUUUUUAGUGCAACAACAGCAGACCAACAUUAAUUACAAGAAGUAAUUUUGUGCAUUUUUACACUGAACUUUUAAGAUUUCAUGCUCAAAUGCAUGUAGUUGUACUGAGGGCCACUUCAAGUGAGGGUGAGGGCCGUAUGUGGCCCCCGGGCCUCCAGUUGCCCAUCCCUGCAUUAGAAUAUCAUAGAAAAGUUUAUUUGUGUCAGUAAUUCAAUUAAAAAAGUGGAAAUAACACAUUAUAUGUAGAUCCAUUACACACAAAAUGAAACAUUUCAUGUCUUCAUUUAUUUAAUUUCUUCUAAUUAUAAUGAUUAUGGCUUACAUUUAAUGAAGACCUAAAAGUCAGUGUCUCAAAAAAAAAUAAUAUUAUAAAAGACCAAUUUUAAAAAGAUUGUUUAAUAUGUAAAUGUUGUCCUCUGAACAGUAUGUCAUCUAUAUGACUCAAUACUUGGUUGACUUGAACUACUGGAAAUGGACUUUUCAUCAUAUUCUGAUUUAUUGAGAUGAAUCUGUACACACUCAUUGAUCAACAGGACAUUAAUCUGAACAGAGAUCACACUGUCACAGAAAUGAUGCACCACAGUGACUUGUUAUAUCACGGCGUGAUUUAUUAUUGCAGCUCUUGUACAUAAUUGUUUGUAAUUAAUAGCAACAUGAUUAACGAAUUAGUUUCUGUUUAAUGUGUGUAAAAUAUUUCCUUCCAAUGCCUUUGUAGGUUAGGUUUUUUCUAAAUCGCAAAUCUGUUUCAACAAAAAGACAGAAACAACAAAAGGAAAAUGAAAGGCAAUGAUACAUUUAUGUCUUUGAUGAAAUUGUUCAGUUUUAGCGUCUCUGGACUGUGCUCCGACUGAUGAGAUGAUAAAUCAACCCUUUGGUCAUGUAAUUCUUUCUAAGUCUAACAUUUGUGAUGUAAUGAUCAUGCAGAGAACAGAUGCCUUACAUUAAAUGCCUUUGAUACACA